UUUCACGUAAAGGAACUGUCGUAUCGGUUCCUUCGCCCGUGUCAACAGGACGUCCAGAGCUGGUGAAGACGGUGGAAGUGUUUUUUUUAUAAUUUUAGGAAAACGCAUAAAAAAUGGCUGACGAAAGUAGUAAGGGUACAAUAGACACAGUUCAAGUGGCUUUGAGGAUAAGGCCCUUGAUGCAAUCGGAGCUGGACAGAGGGUGCGAUGAGUGCAUCGACGUGGUUUCAGGCGAGCCUCAGGUCCAGAUCAAGGACCUCGCUUUCACAUACAACUAUGUGUUCCCGCAGCAUAUCACACAGCAGGAGUUUUAUGACACUGCUGUGAAGGGCCUUAUAGGGAAGCUUUUUCAGGGUUACAAUGUGACCAUCCUGGCAUAUGGACAAACAGGGUCAGGAAAAACCUACACCAUGGGCACUAAUUACUCUGGCUCAGAUGGGGACUCUACAAAACUAGGUGUAAUUCCACAAGCUGUAGCAGACAUAUUUGACUAUAUAGACACACACGAAGAUAAGUUCAUAUUUAGAGUAAAUGUUUCCUUCAUGGAGCUUUAUCAGGAGCAAUGCUAUGACUUGCUAUCAGGAAAGGAACGAGGACAUAGUAUAAUUGAGAUUAGAGAGGAUAUUAACAAAGGCGUGAUAUUGCCAGGCAUAACAGAAAAGCUAGUAACGUCCACAAUGGAAACCAUGAUGAUACUCGAGCAGGGCUCACUAGGCCGCGUGACAGGUUCGACCGCCAUGAACCAAGCCUCCAGUCGCAGCCACGCGGUAUUCACUAUCAUUAUCGCCAAGGAAAGCCGCACUGACAAAAACAUAGCAACAACAUCAAAAUUUCACCUAGUAGACCUAGCAGGUUCAGAGCGUAUAAAGAAAACUAAAGCAUCAGGCGAGAGACUUAAGGAAGGAGUUAAAAUUAAUCAGGGUUUGCUGGCAUUGGGUAAUGUCAUCUCGGCGCUUGGAGAUGGCACUAAUAGAAGUUUCAUUGGGUACAGGGAUAGCAAGCUCACAAGAUUACUGCAGGACAGUCUAGGCGGCAACUCCCUAACACUCAUGGUAGCGUGCGUAUCACCUGCGGACUACAACCUGGACGAAACGGUAUCAACACUGCGGUACGCGGAUCGCGCGCGCCGCAUCCGUAACAAGCCUGUCAUUAACCAAGAUGCCAAGGCUGCGGAGAUCGUUAGGCUAAACAAACUAGUUAACGAAUUACGUCUACAACUACUCGGAAAACUGCCGUCCACGAGCGAACAAAACAACGAGCAGCUACAAGACGAACUUGAAAGGGAGCGGGCCAAAUACUCAGACUUGCUAAAGAAGCACAAGCAAAUAACAGAACAUCUUAACAAUAUGUUGAUAGAGAAUACAAAUCUUUGCGAAAAGGCGUUAUUAGCUGAAGCUGCUAAGGAGAAAAUCGAAAGAAAAUUAAAUGAAUUGACAGAGCAAUGUAAUCAAACAAUUGAUAAACUUAAUACGUCUGAAGAUGAGUCACAGAAGACAGGUGUGGUUGAUUAUUUGAAGGAAAUCAAGACGAGAUUAGAAGACCUUCAGUCGAUGAAUGUGAAAACGAAUGAGGAGUUGAUAGACCAUGAGAUCAAGGUGUCUUUCGUGACCGAAGGAGACAAUGACAAGAUUGAUGAGGAUGCCAUUUUCAAUGAGGAGCAAGCUGUGCUGGAGGAAGAAAAACGGGCGAUCGGACAGGUGGCUCUGACCCAAGAGUUACGCGAACUAAACCACGCGAUGGCGAUCAAGGCGUCUGUAGUUCAAGCCAUACUGGCCAACAACAAGGAAAUGCUUGAUAGUCACACGAAUCUACGCGAGAACGAAGAACGCAUCUCUCGGCUGGAGAAGGAACGGGAUGAGCUUAUGCAACAACUCAAGCAAACCAAGAGCAAGGACCCAGAUAACGAGGUGCGUCGUCACAAGGUGUCGACAUUAGAAGCAGAGAUAACUGAGCUGAAGAAGAAGUGCCAGCAGCAGGCUAACAUCAUCAAGACCAAGGAGAAGAAUGAAGCCAAAAUAGCCGCACUAAACGCAGAGCUGCAAGCUAUGAAAGCUACCAAGGUGAAAAUAAUCCGGCAAAUGCGCGAAGAGAGCGAGAAGUUCCGCAAAUGGAAGGCAGACAACGAGCGCGCCAUGCUGCGCUUGCGCAACGAGGACCGCAAGCGCGCCACGGCCAUGGCCAAGAUGGAGUCGCUUCACGCGAAGCAGCAAAACGUGCUCAAGCGGAAAAUGGAGGAGGCCGUUGCUGUUAACAAGCGACUUAAGGAAGCCCUUGAGCGCCAAAAAACAGCGCAACUCAAACGCAAUGCAAAGGGUAGCGUUAAGGAGACUGCCGUUCGCGCGUACAUCGAGCAGGAACUCGAGGUGCACCUCAGCAUCGUCGAAGCCGAGAAAUCGCUAGAAGAACUUAUGGAGUACAGGGCAUUCAUAAUGGAACAACUGGAGGACUUGCGCAACCGCACGGAUGAGGAGGCUAAUAGAAAGAAGAUCGCAGAGCUAGAAGAUGAUCUCGCAUUGCGCAAGGCUCAAAUAUCUGACUUGCAACAGAAGAUACUUAUUGCUGAUCAAGAAAACAAGUCUCGCACCCAAUGGGAUAACAUCCAAUCGAUGCUCGAAGCAAAGGUGGCCCUGAAAUAUCUAUUCGAUAUUUUAAUAGACGCAAAGCGAGAACUACAGAACCAGAGCGAAAAGGGCUAUCAAGCUCUUUAUGAAGAAGUCAAAGAAACAUAUGACAGACUCAAGCUCGAGUUCGAAAACAGCAAAGCCGAGUUUGAGAGGCAAAUCGCGACUAUUAAGAUUAAGAACGAUCAGAAGCUGACGGCACUGGUGGCGUUACAACGCGGCGUGGUGGGGCGCGGCGACAACAGCGAGGCCUGUCGUCAUUUGCAGAACGUCAUGCGCUACCAACAGGAGCGCCUAGAACAGCUUGACGAGGAAAACAAACAACUGGAAGAGGAGCUGAAACAAUUGCGGAUGACAAACAACAAUUUCAAAAAGCGAGGUAAAAAUAACAGCAAUAAUAAUGGCAGCAACAACGCCAAACGUGAGUUGGAGUACAUGGAACCCUCGGACGAGGACGAUGACGAGUUCGAAGACUCCGACAAAGACCCUGAUUGGCGUGCUACACCUCUUUUUAAACGUAUACAGGCGCAGCGUCCUCGUCUGACCAUGAACUUCACGGUGUCGGACGGCGGCGACGGGCGCGGCAGCGGCGGCAGCAGCGGCGCGGUGAAGCGCGGCAGCGACGGCUCGCCGCACUGCACGUGCCGCGGCGCAUGCGCCACGCGCAUGUGCGGCUGCCGCAAAGCCACGCGCGGCUGCGGCGACGCCUGCCGCUGCCCGCCCACGCUCUGCCAGAACCGGAAAUCCACAGACGAUUCCGAGGACAAGGAGAACAAGCCAUCGUCAGAAUCGGCUCUAGAGUCUACGCCGAACCGCACCACAUCAUUUUUCGGAAAAGGACCAGAGACGGCACAUCAAAUCGACCACAAGUUAGCUCGGCCGGUCGAAGAGCAGUGCCUCCCUAACGUACCUAUACCAAGCGAAGAGAACUCGUUGGUCGUCCGAACACUGCGACCUCUUGCUGAGGGGCAACAUAGCCCCAACCCUCACGCGCAAAAAUGGAUGUACGCCCUCCUGCUGUAUAAUACUUGCGUCGCCCCGAUGUCCACGUACUGCGCAGACAAUAUCGUCCAAUACGGGAUGGACGUCGCAAAAUACCAUUUUAUUUCUCUAUUCUUCAAGUAUCUGCGUGAGGCACCGCAAGGUCACCUUGAUGCGACAUUCGUAAAGAAGAAGAAAGGAUUUUUUUCUUACUCUACAAAACAAGAGUGACCUUGAUGUAAAGACUGAAUAAAUCCGACCAGAAUAUAUUUUAGUUUUUUUAGUGAUGGGUCCGCGCUCCACUGACGCCCUGUCGCGUUCAAUACAAUUAAAUUAAGUGUAUAAUGUAUUGUUGUUUUAGUUUUUUGACUUAUCGGAUCUUGAUGAUGUGUACGUAGAAUUUGUUUUUUCUUCGUUUUUUGUAAUUUUUAGGUUAGUUCUAAUAUUUGUAGAUGACCUUUAAAGAAUUAAGGCAGUAAAAUAACGAUUUAGUGAUUUUCUUUUUCUCGAUUUUAAUGUAACGAAUAUCAUGUUUAAAGAUGGAAUUUACUUAUGAAGUACACUUUUGUAAUCGAUCAGGUAUUCGUCUUGUAUGUAUGAUGAACUACGUCUCCGGUGCCCAAACGUGUCAACAAAGACUGAAAUCAAAUGAUUUUUUUAUAAUUUUUUGACGUUCUUAAAUUCGUGAGUUGAGUAUCAAAUCAUGAUUCGGUAAAUUAAAUUGACUUUUCCCCAUACAGUUGUCAAAAACAGUAUUAAGUAAAGAGUAAACUCGACAACUUUGUGAUUGCUCGAUUCUGUUCAUGAAAAUGUUUUGUGUAGCUAAUCUCCCAGUACAAUCUGCCCUGUCAAAAUAGUAUGUUUGAAAAUGUUGUCCGAAAUUUAAAAUUUUAUAUUUUU